UUUCAUUGAAUAACCAUCAUAAAAUAAAUUAGCGACAUAAUUAGUGUUGAUAGAUAAAAUAAAAAUUUUGUGUCGUAAUGAAUAAAUAAGUAAAAAAAUGAAAAGACAAACGUAAAAUAAUGUCAAUACCUAAAUGAAUGUUAGAAAAUAAAAUAAUAAUAAAGUAUAAUAAUAAUCUUUAACGUAAAAAAAACUCCCCAGAUUGGCAUGCUCGUGAGAAAAGUAGGCAUGACGUACGCGAUUUCGUGUAGUUCCCAACCGUUCAUUAUUCAACAAUUAAUUUUAAAAUAUAUUUAAUAAUCUGGCAUAUUAUUGGAUUUUAAUAAAUACCCAUUAUUGUUAUUUAAAUAAUAAUAAAACAUUUGAUUUAUCCUCUGUUUGUAAAAGUUGCUGAUGAUAAAUCGAGUGAGUGAGUGUUGCGGUCAACCUGCCAUGAUAGAUCGGAACGCGUCCUCCUAGCGCUCCAAAAAAGCAAAGAUAUUAAACGACGAAAUGUGGGAGCUCCUCUUCGAGGAGCGGCACUUUACGUGAGUGUAAAGGUUGCAGAAUGGUGGUAGAUAGUUUGUCAGUUCAGGGGUCAGCUGCAGCGCGGAAGCAGGAGAGGAGAUUGGGAGGGUCGGUAGGCAACAAGAUGCAACCAAACGGAGUCAGCGGUGGGACUGGUGGCAUGACGCCUAAGGAACUCUGUGACAAUGACGACCUUGCAACCUCUCUCGUGCUGGACCCUUACUUGGGUUUUGUCACCCAUAAAAUGAACAUCAGGUAUAGACCAUUGAAAGCCAACAAAGACGAGCUUCGGAAAGUGAUAACAGAUUUUAUCCAGACCCAGAAUUAUGAAAAAACAUACAAGAAAUUAAUGGGCAGUGAUUGGGGAGCCAGAUUGCCGCAUGCUAAAUCAAAACAGCAGCAACUUAAUCUCCAGAAACAUGUUUACCGUUACCUGAGGAUCUUUGAUAAAGACUCUGGGUUCGCUAUCGAGCCGUGCUACAGGUACUCACUCGAGGGCCAGAAGGGUGCCAAGAUAUGCGCGACACGCAAGUGGCUAAAGCACGACAAAAUUCCUUGUCUCGUUGGCUGCAUUGCUGAGUUGAGCGAAAAAGAGGAGGCUGCACUGCUACAUCCGGGAAAAAAUGAUUUCUCAGUAAUGUUCAGUUGUCGUAAAAAUUGCGCUCAGCUGUGGCUCGGACCUGCUGCUUACAUAAACCACGAUUGCCGUGCCAAUUGUAAAUUUGUAGCCACUGGAAGAGACACUGCGUGCGUAAAAGUACUGCGUGACAUUGAAAUAGGUGAAGAAAUCACUUGCUUUUACGGCGAGGAUUUUUUCGGUGACGGCAAUUCUUAUUGCGAGUGUGAAACUUGCGAGAGACGCGGCACUGGCGCCUUUACCCGUCAGAAACCCGGUGACGAAUUAUCUACAGGAUACCGACUCAGGGAAACAGACAAUCGUAUAAACCGUACGAAACAUCGUCAGCAACCUAUCGGAUCUUCAAAACACCAAUCAGACGGUGCGCUAACGGAAAAAAAUGCCGUGCUUGUUGGUAAUGCAGCUGUAGCGCCACAGUCUCUCAGUAUGAAAGAGUUACGUCGUAAAGGAUUAACUAAAUAUGACGCGGAGCUGCUUAUUGCCCAAGGCUGCCGUUUUUCAGAUAUAACACAACAACAACCGACUAUCCCCGAAGACUCGACUAACACCCAGUCGUCACAGGCUCCGAGACCUCAUCCGUCCUCAAUAAUUGGUCCUGGAACGCGUACUCUGCGUAAUAAACAACAGUCCAUAAAAAAUGAGAGCAAUAACAACAACAACAAUAGUAAUAAUAAUAACAACAACAAUGUAGCUGUUAACAAUGGACAGAGUUUGCGAGCGUCGAGGCUGCAAAAGAGAACGGCGACAAAGAGAAACCGUGCAAGUGUUGAUGAGCGUUCAAUUCAUCAUACUGGUGGUAAUAAAAAUACUGGCGAGUAUGAUGCUGCGAUUGAUUGUUUUGCUGAAGAGUCUAAGGAAAAUCCACCGGGUUCUGUUAAUAAUAAUUUGAAUAAUGACAAUACUAAGAUACGUACUUGCUCAGUCUUAACUAAAGCUUCAAAUAAUGAAACCGAUGAAUUUAACGAAAACGCAGUACUUUCGAGUAAAAUUGAUAAUAAUCCUAGUGAAAAAACGUAUAAUAAUGUCCAUGAUCUUCCAGCUGCAACAGCAGAGUCAAAUAAAACAAAUUUAAUUGACUCUGGUGCUGCUGAACAAGAUAAAGACUCAAAAUUGUUACGUACUAAUAAUUUAGAGCAGACAACUACUGCGUCAUCGACAACAGAACGUUGGCGCAACAAUCAUAGUUCAUUUACAGGCGUAACAAGACGACGCAAAUCGCUUCUCCAGUCGUCAACAGACUCCCGUGAUAUUGAGCACAGAAAAUCACCAGCUCACGGUGAAACUCCACGCAAAACAAAUUACAGUGAGGGUGAAGGUCAGACGGAGAGAUACCUUGAGAUAGAUGCUAAGACAGCGCCCGCGGAGAGUGAGUUUACCGAUCGGCAAUUCAAUUCCACUAUGCAUGUUUCCAAGAACUCAAAUUCUAGUUCUAGUUCUAGUUCUAGUUCUAGAGCUACGAAGGCUGCUGACGAAAUGACUCGAGCAUGCGUAGAAGAGCACACGAGAUUCGGGGAUAAUAUUAUAGCAGCUGAUGAUAAACUUUCUAAAAAAGAAGAAAAAAAUUACGAUGUACGCGAAUUUGACUCUGGCUACAGCGAAGGAAGUCAAUCAAAUAAAUCCGAUGAAGAUUUUAAUAAAUGGAAAGAUGAAUCUGACGGUAAAAAAUCUGAAGACGCCCGUAGUUUGACAUUAAAGAGACCAUUUGUCGAGUCUUGUUCAUCUUCAUCUUCAUCUUCUUUUUCUUCUUCAGCUUCUUCGGCGUCUUCGGUAACCGCGGAAAAAGCCAGCCCGCGAUCGCGGAGGAAAAAUAAACGUGCCAGCAGAUCCGGAGGUGUAAAAACACGUAAAGCUAAAGACCCAGCAAACUUAGACAAAGAACAUAUUAAAAAGAUAAGGAGCGACAAAGUGACGAGGGCUAAUGGCAGAUUGACCAGAAGUUCACGAAGAGACUGUCUUAAAGAACAGACCAGUGAGCCCGCGGUAGUGGGUGCUGAUGACGACUCGGGUAUUCAAGGUGACAUCUAUGAGUUCAAUGAUAACGAAAAUAAUAUCGGUGACACUAUCGAUAUUAUUAGACGUAAUAAAACGGUUGAAUCUCGUGGGAUUGAAAAUUCAAAUAUUAAAUUAAAUGACUCAGUAAAGAGCAAUGAAUUUUGUGGUAAAAAUGAACCGCCUAUUUUAAUGCGCGAAGAACCAUGGCCAGCUAAACAAUCAGCUUUAACAAAUGUAAUUGUUAAUGACAACAAUAUUAAUAAUAAUAAUAAUCCAAGUGAACAUCAGAAUUCAGUGGAAUCUCAUUCAAAAGAAACGACAAAUCAUUCACGUAAACAACCAGUACCUGAAUGUCAAUGGCAAAGCGAAACACUUUGUCGCGAGUGUCCAACGACACCAGAACGACCCGGUGGUAGAUUAAAAUUAACCCUGCGGAUGAAACGUUCGCCGAUACUUGAUGAUCUAGUUGAGUCGGGCACCAGUCUCAGUGAAGACAGCUUUGAACCUGAGUACGAAGUACUGAGAGUCGAGGGUGUCGAGGGAUCAGUUAAGCGUAAAAAGAAACACAAGACCCGUGAUCGCGAGAGGCGGCACAAGAGACGCGAGUUAAAUCUCGACCCACCACCACCUCCGCCAAUGAAGAGACUGCGACUGAUUUUUGGCAAUGAAACUCAUACUAUUGACCUGCCACACUCUUAACAAUCAUAUUAAAUUAAAUCACCUUGUGAUUUAUUAAUUCAUUAAUUCAUUCAUUAUUAUUAUUAAUAUUAUUAUUAUUUUUAUUAUUAAUAUUAUUGAUUUAUUUUGAGUAAUGGCAAGUGAUUGGCAAGAGUUUUUUCCCACAGCUCGACAUUCAUUUAAAUGAAUGAGAUAAAUAAAUUCUACACAGAGUUUAUUUAAUUUAACUUGAAAAAAAAUUACUCAUAUUAUGUAUAAUAUAAUAAUAUAGUAUUAACGUCAGACAAUUAGUUAAAAUGAAUAGUUAGCACUAGUAUUAAUGGCCCCGCAUUAAAUUAAUUAAAUAAACAAUGCGAGGUAAUAAAUGUUAUGCAAUAAUUGUAAAUAGCACUCGUAUUAAUUUGAAAUAUUAAUGAGUGUAUGCAAGAAGAAAAAAAACAUAACGUACGUUGUGUUAGAAAAGAAAAAAAAAGUUUAAAAAUUUGGUAAUUUAAAAAAAUGUCUAAUGAUCUCGUGGUCAAAAGAUUAAAAUUGUAUAUUUGGAUUUGUGCACGUUUGAUGUUGCUAUACAUCAAUUUUAUAAUCACAGCAUUUAUUAUUAUUUUAUUUAAUUAAUUAUAAAUAUAAAUAGUUUGUUAUUUUAUAAUUAAAACGUAAAAGUUAUUAAUUAAUAAUUAUUUUUAAUGCUUGCGUGCAUAAGAUCCAAAUGUUAAUGUGUCAAUUUCACAAUACAGUAUAAAAUAUUAUUAUUAUUUUAACUUGCUGCACUAUCACCAUGCAAUUAUUUAAUUAAAUUUAUGAAAAAAUACAAGAAAAUUAAUUAAAUAAUUUGUCAAAAAAAAAAAUAAAAACACAAUUUAUCUUCGUUUAUUUACAUUACGAUUGUUAAUAAAAAUAAUUAACGAAUUAUACUCGCGUAAGAUUUUAUUUUAAGAUAAAUUUAAAUAACAAGGUAAUAAUAAAAUUAUUAAAUACAUUUAAUAAUUAAUUCUUUUGCCCAUGCAGUAGAUUUUAAUUAAUUAAUUAAUCAUAUUAACGUAUAAAUAAUAAAUAAUUAUAUAUAUAAAUAAAUUCGGUGGCGUGCGAUGUAAAAAGGUCAUUAGAAUUUAAAUGCUAUUAUUAUUAAUAUUAUUAUUAUUAUUAUGAUUAUUAUUAUUAUUAUUAUUAUUAAUAUUAUUAUUAGAAUAGUUUUUUUUUUAGGAGUUCAAGAUAAAAAAUCAUUGUUCGCUUUUACUCCUUAAACAAAAUUUAUUAUUAUUAUUAAAAUUACAUUAUAAAAAAAAAUACAACGUUUUUGUGAUAUAAACUGUACCGCGUAAUGUUAUUUCAAAAUUAAAAUUAAAUCCAAAAUAAUAAAAUCACUUUUGAACAAAAUUUAUGAUCAAAUAUUAGUUAUAAUAACGAUCAUCAAUAAUUGAUGAUUAAUGACUUUUAAAUAAAAUUAAAUGAAAAUAAAUAAACAAAAUUUAAAUUAAGUGGACUAAGUGACUAAAAAGUCUUUUUUUUAUUUUUAAUUAGAAUUGUUUUGUUAUUUUUAUUUUUUUUAUCAUGUCAUGAGCAGUAAUUUAUAUUUUAUUUUUAACGAAAGUGAUUUAUAUGAAUGGUAUCUAAAACAUGACAAGAUUGUUAUUUGCGAUGUUUUUUUGUUGAUAAUUUAAAAGAUAAAAAUUGAUAAUAUUUUUUUCUUGAGUAUGGGCAUGAUCGGAAGAAUUUAAAAGUUUAAUAUAAAAUUGAAUUAAUAAAAUAAAAGUUAUUUAAAUUUUAUGAAUUUUAAAUAAUAAAAAGUGCAGCACAAAUCGCGCUUAUUAAUUUAUCAAUUAACUAAGUAAUUAUUUAAUGAAAAAAAAAAAAAAUUAAAAACAUAAACGGUAGAUUUUUUCUGUCACUGCCAUUAGUAAAUUUUUUAAUUGUACUCUUAUAAUAUUCAUUCACACUUAGUACAUUGUACCAUCGUUAAUUAAUUUAAUAACUAUAAAUAAUAAUUGCAGUUACUAUUAUUACGAUAAUUAAUAAAAAUUAUUAAUUAAUGAAUUUUGAAAUGUAAAAAAAAUAUUGCAAGUUAGUUCUUGUUAUUUAUCACGAAAUAAAUUAAUUGUCGGCUAUUUGCAGUCAUUUUAUCAAUUAAAAAAAAAAGAAAAAAAAACUUUGUGAAUAAUUAUAAAAAUUUUCUUUUUUCAACUUAUACUUUAUAUUUUAUUUUUUAUUUAUCGGGAAUGAUACAUUAUCGUGUGUUGUAAUUACGAUAAUUAUUAUAACAAUUGUAUGAUAUCAUAUAUAUUGUGCUAAAUAGCAUAAAUGGAAAAUGAUAACAAGGGAAAUGAUUAAGUAAGAAAAAAAAAGAAAAAAAAAUGAGACACACUAAAGGAGAAUACAUUGUCAUUAUUAUUUUUUAUCAACUAGAAUAAUCACAAUAAAUGAAACUUAAUUAACGUAA